ACAUGGGUGUGGUGAUUAGCUUGGUGAAAAUUUUAGGCAAAUCCGACCCACUUCUGAGCCAGUGAACUGAGCUAAUUGUCCUUCGAUUAAUACGGUUACUUUUACGAUUUGUGUCACAUCUGGAACCAUGAUUGUCUUUUAAAAACGCACUGGUUUGAAACGGAUUGGAAGCACGAACAAAGCCAGAAAUCUUCUUUCGGGUGUCAGCUGGUAACGAGUGUGUGCAUGUGAGAGUGCGGCUGCGUGCGCUUGCUUUUCCCAGUCCAGUCAGUAUUUGGAGCAGAGUGUGGCCUGAAAACAUCACCGAGGGACAAUGAGCGAGCUCGAACAGUUGCGGCAGGAAGCUGAGCAACUACGCAAUCAAAUCCGGGAUGCCAGGAAAGCCUGCAGUGACUCCACUUUGUCACAGAUCACAGCUGGUCUGGACUCUGUUGGUCGGAUACAGAUGCGGACACGACGUACUCUCAGGGGCCACCUUGCCAAGAUCUAUGCAAUGCACUGGGGGAGUGACUCCAGGUUACUUGUCAGUGCCUCACAAGAUGGAAAGCUAAUUAUCUGGGACAGCUACACAACAAAUAAAAUGCAUGCCAUCCCUCUGCGCUCUUCCUGGGUAAUGACAUGCGCCUAUGCUCCCUCUGGGAACUAUGUGGCCUGCGGAGGUCUGGACAACAUUUGUUCCAUAUACAGCCUGAAGACCCGUGAGGGUAAUGUGCGAGUCACCCGUGAGCUGCCUGGACACACAGGUUAUCUGUCCUGCUGUCGUUUCAUGGAUGACAACCAGAUACUGACCAGUUCUGGAGACACCACCUGUGGAUUAUGGGAUAUAGAGACAGGCCAGCAGACGACCGUCUUUACUGGCCACACGGGUGACGUGAUGAGCCUGUCCCUAAGCCCAGACUGCAAAACAUUUGUGUCGGGAGCCUGCGAUGCCACCUCCAAGCUGUGGGACAUCCGCGAUGCAAUGUGCAGACAAUCCUUUGCCGGCCACGUGUCGGACAUAAACGCUGUCAGUUUUUUCCCCAACGGCAAUGCUUUCGGUACAGGCUCUGAUGAUGCCACCUGCAGGCUGUUUGACCUGCGCGCUGACCAGGAGCUGAUGAUGUACAGCCAUGAUAGCAUCAUCUGUGGCAUCACCUCUGUGGCUUUCUCUAAGAGCGGCCGCCUGCUCCUGGCCGGCUACGAUGACUUCAACUGCAACGUGUGGGACACUCUGAAAGGCGAGCGUGCAGGUGUGCUCGCUGGCCAUGACAACAGGGUGAGCUGCUUAGGGGUGACUGAAGACGGCAUGGCUGUGGCCACUGGCUCCUGGGACAGUUUCCUUCGGAUCUGGAACUGAACAGACCUCCCUGUUGUGCUCAAUCACUGCCUGUCAACUUUCUUCCCAUAGCCCCGCCUACUUUACCCCAACCCCUCUGCUGGGCUGGACCUGAAGGGUGUGUGCCGUGUCAGUUGACAUAAAUCACCCUGCGACUCCUCCCCAUCUCUGAGACGUUACCAACUCUUCUUGCUUUCAGCUGUCACUCGGCACCAAAAUGAUCUUUUGCAGCAUUGGCCAAUCAAAAAACACAACGGAAAAACCAUUUGAAUUUGUUUUUGGCCUUCCUACCAGUUCUUGUUUUGGGAGAGACGACGAGCAUCUGUUACUGUGGCUAAUGACAAACAACUCUUGGUGUGAAAUAUGUAAAUAUAUAAAUAAAGACAG